UAGUACAGUCGCGUUGCAACGUUGGUCAAUCAAAACUUUCCGCUGAGAAAACAAUUCUGAUUAUUGUUGAGGAGCAUUCACCUAUAAUAAAGUCCUAUUCUUCCCUGAACCAGAAGCUGUUGAAGUGAAUUUAGUUGGAUAUUAUCAUGUGGCGUAGCCUUCGUCCCAUGCAGCAAUGCUGCCAAAGUCGGAAGCUCUGGACAUCACCCCAGCGCUUUGCGCAGCAGCCACUGCUUGAACGCAGCACGCCUGGAGAUGACGCUGAGCACCGGCCGCUGUACAUGGACUUCCAGGCUACCACACCCCUGGAUCCACGUGUCCUGGAUGCCAUGCUUCCGUACAGUGUUUGCUACUACGGAAAUCCUCACUCACGUACGCAUGCCUUUGGCUGGGAGGCCGAGAAGGGCGUGGAGAAAGCAAGACAGCAAAUCGCUGAGUUGAUUGGCGCCGACUCAAAGGAGAUUGUCAUCACCAGCGGGGCUACGGAGUCAAACAAUCUUGCCAUCAAGGGUGUAGCUCAUUUCUACGGUAUGAAGAAGAAACAUGUCAUCACUUGCCAGACAGAGCACAAGUGUGUGCUGGAUUCGUGCCGCUUUCUUGAGGCGGAAGGUUUCAAGAUCACCUACCUGCCUGUGCAGACAAAUGGACUCAUUGAUCUAAAGGCUUUGGAGGAGGCAAUCACCGAUGACACACUGCUGGUAUCCAUCAUGAGUGUGAACAACGAGAUCGGCGUCAUGCAGCCGAUCGACCAGAUCGGAGACUUGUGCCGCUCGCGCAAGGUCUUUUUCCACACUGACGCGGCGCAGGCCGUGGGCAAGGUGCCGAUGGACGUCAAUCGCAGCAAGAUUGACAUGUUGUCCAUCAGUGGGCACAAGGUCUACGGGCCGAAAGGCAUCGGCGCUCUCUACGUACGCCGUCGGCCAAGAGUGCGUCUCGAGGCAUUGAUCAGCGGUGGAGGUCAGGAGCGUGGCAUGCGCAGUGGAACACUGCCUGCUCCGCUUGUUGUUGGUCUGGGCGAGGCUUGCGAUAUUGCUAAUCGUGACAUGGCUUACGACCGAAAGCACGUGGAUAAAAUGUCGCAGCUAUUGAUCGACGGCCUGGAAUCACAGCUGACACACAUCAUCCGCAAUGGUGACCCCGCCAGCACCUAUCCUGGCUGCGUCAACUAUUCGUUUGCGUUUGUGGAGGGUGAAAGUCUCCUGAUGGGCUUGAAGGACGUGGCCCUGUCGUCGGGUAGUGCCUGCACAUCAGCCUCGUUGGAGCCAUCCUACGUGCUGCGGGCCAUCGGUGCCGAGGACGAUCUUGCACACUCGUCGAUUCGGUUUGGUAUUGGUCGUUUCACCACUGAAGAGGAAGUCAAGUAUACUGUCGAUCUGACUGUGAAAAAUGUACUCAAGCUGCGGGAAAUGAGUCCGCUGUGGGAGAUGGUUCAGGAAGGUGUUGACUUGAAGACCAUCCAGUGGUCGCAGCAUUGAGCGGGCAGCAGUCGUCAGUGCAUUGCUGUUGCCAUGCAGCCUGUGGUAGCAGUGAUGUCAUAACAUCCACAGUACUGCUGGCCGUACCACCAUCAGCUCCAGCAUUCUGAUCGGAACUAGCCACCAUCCAAAUGUCUGGCGAUUGAUGGUUGCCGAAUCCUGGACACAAGGCUUGAUUAUCAUUAAUUGCCUAUGCUGGUCAUGAGGCAGACUGUGGUAUUGACUGCAACAUACCAUCGCAGGUUUGACUUUCACUGCUGCUCGUUCUGUGUGACUAAUACACCUGCCGCCGUUAAGGCUAUUAUGUGCCUGCAUUGUGCUGGACCCAGUGCUUAGCUGCAAGGCACUAUCCAUUCUGCAGUGUGUAGUAGUAGCAGCCAGGUCUCACUGCACAAAUUGCUUACCAUGAGCUCAUGCACGGCAAUCAAAUGUUGACCCAACGCACACCCAAAAUAGGCAUGCGAGUGCAAAAAGCACCUCCAACUACUGGUAGUACUCCCGAGAAUGGUUCUAUUAAUCUGUUCUGUGUGCCUGGCCCUGCCCGGUGCACAUAAAGCGUUUCCCCACCUUUCUUGUGAUAGUGUGUUGAUGACAAUCUUUCCGCCGUGCACUCGCAUACCAUGAAACACACUACUCCAACAAAACUUCAUCACAUGCAAUUUAUGCAUUACCUCAUUCACGACAUAUUAUCAUUAUUAUGCCACGCUAAAAUACUUUUCGACGCUAUCAUUCUUUCCUUACGCAUGUAUCUUUCUUUGAGUGUCACUGUCUGAAGUUCUAUGCAUGGGAGAAGUGUACAUGUAUCUCCAUCUCACAGCGGCAUUUGUUGAUGGUUUUGUAUGUGUUUGAGUUCAGCUUCUGGGAAAAUUCGGUAUCAUGCAGUUCUUCGCCCAAGUUAUCCCUUUGUGGCACGUGAGUCACACGUUACGUGCGUGGAGUUAUAGUGUGUUUGCAGCGCUGAAGGCAGGCAGAGUAAGUUUAAUGCGGCAGGCGUUGUUGAUUAUAAUUCUGGUGUGCUUUC